CCACUGAGAUCUUCUGGUCUUCUAUAACAGGGCCUCUUCUAAUGACAUUCAGAGGAUUUCGGGAGCUUGUGGGGAAACUGGCGGAGGAUAUCCGGAAAGCACACGGCCCUUCUACUCCGGUGUGUGAGACACACUGGGCUCACUAUGGCCUCAGCUGUUACUAUAAGUCUUGGAAAGCAGAAUCUUGGGAAGAUGCCAGGAAAAAUUGCAAGUCCAAUAUGUCUGACCUGGUGGUCAUUAAUGGAGACGAUGAGAUGAAUUUUCUUUAUCACUUUUCGGAGCAGGAGGCCACAUGGAUCGGUCUUGCAGAAAAAAUAUGGAACCUGGGAAUGGGUGGACGGCGCUUCUUAUGAGACGACUCCAACGCAUUGGCAGUAUGGCGGUCCUUAUACUUGGCCAGCUUCUGAACUCAAAAAAAAAGAUGAGUGUGCCUAUUUGGUAAACGAACAUUCGUGGAGCCAUGACAAUUGUUCCCACCAAUUUAUGUACAUCUGCGAAAAUAAACGCAUUCUCCUGUAAUGCCGAAAUUCAGAAAACAC